GGGUCGCCGCUGAGAGUGUCCAUCACCGCGGUUUAAAUAAAGCUUUGGCAGAAACGCGUGUGUGAUACUUCUGGAAGGAGCGUCCGACACGCCAAAGUACAGCACUGCCCUCUUUAAAGGGAGACUUUUGAACACGCUUAUUUUUGUAUCUAUUAUUAAACAUUACGGGUAUCGAUUGAACCCCUGAAAAAAGAAAACAUGGCAGAGAGCGACUGGGAUACCGUGACUGUCUUGAGGAAGAAGGGGCCGACUGCUGCCCAGGCCAAAUCCAAGCAGGCUAUCACCGGUGCUCAGAGACGUGGGGAGGAAGUUGAGACAACCAAGAAAUGGUCUGCAGGGCAGAACAAACAGCACCUUGUGACAAAGAACACAGCCAAACUGGACCGGGAGACCGAGGAGCUACACCAUGACAGAGUUCCCCUGGAGGUGGGGAAAGUCAUUCAGCUUGGCAGACAGGAGAACGGCCUGACCCAGAAAGAUCUGGCCACUAAAAUUAAUGAGAAGCCUCAAGUCAUUGCAGAUUAUGAGGCCGGGAGAGCGAUUCCCAACAACCAGGUCAUGGGCAAGAUAGAGAGAGCAAUUGGUCCUGCUCUGAAGACACUGUUCUGGGAUGCAUAUUUGCUCAAAUAAAGUAUGCAACCUCCUGACCGGUGUUCAGUGGACAAACAAAGAAGGAGCCAUGUUGUUUCCAGGGGGUUAUUUGGAUUCUUGCUCAACAGGCUGCUUCACUCUGUGAGUGUGUGUGUGUGUGUGUGAAAGAAAGAGAGGGAGACGGAGACAGACUGCGUUCCUGGAAAUGCCAUUCCAUUGGUCAAAACACCAUAGCAACAUAGUUCCACCUAUGACAAGGGAGCAGCCAGCGGUUUUGAAGGAGCGAUGUGAAGCAGAAAGCUACAUGGGGGGGAGGGAGGUGGAUUUGGGAGGGGUGAGGGCAAUUCUCAGGGAGGGUUUGGGGUGGAGGAAAAGUCUGGGGUCUGUUUUGGCCUCAGGCUCCAAACUCAAAUUGAGAUUCCACUACACGUACAACCUGUUGUGUUGAAUCGUGAAAUGCACUCUGUCUCAGCAGAGGCUUCUCCUUCAGCUGCUCUGUUCAUUCUUUAUGUGCCUGUUUACAUUUCUUUUACUUUAAAAAAUGCAUAAAUUGCUUUAAUCCCUGCACAAAGAUCUACCAUCGUUCAUGUAUGUACCUUUACAAAUUCUAUUAUGUUGGAAAAAUCAACUUUACAGCAGAAAGAUGAGGAAAAAAGAACAUAUUCAGUUGCAGUUUUGUUUCCUGCUGAGGAUUUCCAUACUGUCUGAUGCUAGUGGCAUUCACAAAUUACACUGGUUGUUACAGGGUUAUGGUUUUUCAUUGCGAAAUUACAAUAGAUGCCACAGACUUGCGUAAUGUACUUCAAUUCUGUGCUGGAAAAUAGAGUAAGACAAGAAAAACCUAACAAAGACUAGGUUACUUUGUAUGCAGUCUUGCUCGCGUUGUACAACAAAAUAACACCCUACACUUCCUCUGUCACAGACAUGGGGACCAAACACCAAUUUAUUUAUUAAGCACUUUUACAUUAGUUAAAAAUCUGUAGUAAAGACAUAAAAUGUCAGUUUGUUGAAAUGUUUUGCAGAGGGUCAUUAGUGUCACACCACAGGAAGCUGGUAAUAGCCAUAUUAUUAGGAGUUGCAUCCAAGAAUAAAGAGAUCAGAACACCAGCUGAUACUGUGAGAAAAUAUAUGCACAGUUUAUUGAUAGAUGCAAAUAGGUGAGGCACACACAAAAUAAUUCAAAUCAAUAAUGUAUUAGUUGUGAGUUCUGACCAUGUUUGUUUUUCUCUUCAACAUUAGAAACCAGUCAUGGACAGAAACCAGGUCAAUUCUUCUGAACUUUAAGAGAUUCUAGUAACUUGAAGAUUUCUCUGCAGCCUGGGUGGGACAUGGGAGACAAAAACGAAGGAGGAGAAAAAAACAAAACAAAACAAA